AUGGAUAUGGAGGUCGAGCACAGAAGACUGGCGGAUUUGAUCCACACUCAAGCCGAAGCUCAUUCGCAAUCGCGGUUCUUGGUUGCCAUCGCCGGCAUCCCAGGCUCGGGGAAGACCACAACGGCCGAGGCAAUAGUCAACCACCUGAACCAGUCAACUACUUCUCGUGCUGCAAUUCUGUCUAUGGAUGGGUUUCAUCUUUCCCGCGCUGCUCUGGACGAGUUUCCUGACCCGGCAAGUGCCCACGCUCGCCGCGGCGCACCAUGGACCUUCGACGUGAGCCGUUUUGUUGCCUUCAUCCGUCAGCUCCGCACUUGGGCAGAUGAGAUGCCCUUGGCCAUCCCAUAUUCCGAGACGUGGUCAUCUGCUGACAUGCUCCACGCGCCCUCCUUCGACCACCAGUCGAAAGAUCCCGUGGAGAACGGACUCACCAUCACGCCGGAUGCUUCAAUCAUUAUAAUCGAAGGCAACUAUCUGCUACUUGAUGAUCCUGGCUGGCGAGAGCUUGCUGGGUUGGUGGACUACCGUGUGUUCGUUGACACCGACCCACAAGAAGCAAGGGGCCGCCUAGCUGCGCGACAUCUACGAGCUGGCAUUGAGAAGACACUGGAGGAUGGAUACCGGCGAGUAGAUAGCAAUGACUACCUGAACGGCAUAUCUAUUCGAGAGAGAUUGUUGACGCCGGACAUUGUUGUGAAUAAUGGGAUAGUAGUCGAGAUUUGA